AUGGAGUCAGAACCGUCGAGCUCAGGUGGAAUGAAGCAGAGUAAGGUCUUUAUUAUUUUGUUUAUGUUUUAGGAAUUCUCAUUGGUAGAACGUUUAAAACAACUCUGAAUCUAAAUAAAAUGGCGGUAAAAAUCUGUUAAUUUACAAUAUUGUUUAGAGAAAAGAAUGAUGCCUAAAUUGAAGAUGCCGGAAAUGCCCAAAGCUGCGACUGUGGAUCUCGAUGAUAAGUUUUACUAUGAGUAAGUCUUUCUUAUUAUUUAUGUGACUUAUUCUUUACUUAUGCUUAAUGAUACUUUUUUAGAGAAAAUGGAGAGAAAGUAUUGGUAACAGCAUUAGAUCUGGUCGUAGUUCGUGAACUUGGACGGGGUGCUUAUGGUGUGGUUGAAGAGAUGGAACAUACCGUUACAAAACGACACUUUGCUGUUAAGGUAAUUCAGUUAUAAAGUUGUUUAAAUUAUAAAAGCUGCUUUAUUUGACAGAAUCAUAUUUAUUUACUUUCAGAGGAUACAUUUUUCGAGCAACGAUGAAGAACAACGUCGUAUGUUACUGGAGUUAGAUACCUGUAUGAAGAGCAAAAACUGUGAAUUGGUAUGUGGACCUUAUAAUUGAUAGUCUUAUUGUUUAGAUGGUGAAAUUCUAUGGAGCAAUGUUCAGAGAAAACGAUGUGUGGAUUUGUAUGGAAGUAAUGGACAUAUCUCUGGACAAAUUUUACAAAAAGGUAACGGAUAUUGGAGAGAAGAUGCCUGAAAACAUUAUUGGAAAGGUGGCUGUUUCGGUAAGUGAUGGCAUUCAGUACCUUAAUAUGACAAUUGCUUUUAGCUGGUGGAUGGCUUAAACUUUAUGAAAGAAGAAAUGGGUCUGAUUCAUCGAGAUGUGAAGCCUUCAAAUAUUCUCAUCGCUCGGAAUGGCACUAUCAAGAUUUGUGACUUCGGGAUUUCAGGACAGCUGACAAACUCAGUGGCCAAGACAUUACAAGCCGGCUGCAAACCUUAUAUGCCUCCAGAAAGAAUCGAUGGAGAUUUGAAGCAGGCUUACGGAGUUCAAGCUGAUGUUUGGAGUCUUGGCAUUACUUUGGUAUGUUGAUUAUUUUGAAUUUGUUUUUUUUUUAGUUUGCCUACGCUUUUGUGCAAAUAUUGUUAUGAUAAAAAUGAUAAAUAGUUUCUUAAAAAGUUAGAAUUAUUGCUGAAACUAGAAAUUUGUUGUUUAGUUAGAGAUAGCUCAUGGUCAACAUCCAUAUGCUCAUUGGAAGACUCCAUUUGAACAGUUAAAACAAGUUGUUCAAGAAGCCCCACCUUCCUUAAAUCCUUCUCGUGGAUACUCAUCACAAUUACAUGACUUUAUUACUGUGUGGCAAGUUUUUAUAAAGUUUUUUAACUUUACUUUUCACUUGUUUGGUCAUUAGUGAAAAAGUUAUCAUGAAGAAGACAAAAUCGGCUUCUGAAUGUCACUUUAUAGCGUUUGAAUGUAAUGCUCAAAUUUGCAGUCUGAUCAAGGAUUGUAAACAACGUCCCAAGUAUAAGGACCUACUACAACAUCCUUUUAUUCAAUGGGCACGAGAGCAGGAUUCAGAUGAGAUUUUACCUUUUAUUGGGAUGAUAGUAGAGUAAGUUUUUCUAAACUUUUAAUUAUUACAAUUGCUUUUUUAGCUUGUAGAUAUGUUAGUGGUUGCUGUUAAAGUUAUUGUACUUUAAAGAUAUCAUUAUGGAUUUUAAAAACUGUGGAAAUUUUUAGUAGGAUCAAAGAUGACGAAAGUGCGUUGCGGAACAGUCUAGGAAAGUGA